GUGUGAUUGAAUUCUCUUAGCUUUAUCUGUUCUUACUUCUACUUUUAGCAGAAAUGGAUACCCUAUAUGAGAACAUCGAGCUGACUCUCACAACUGAUCAUUCGCAACAUUCAGUUAAUUUAUCUGGAUCAGGAAAGCAGUUUACUCCUGUUGGAAGAGGCAGUAUUCAGCCAGACCGUGAACCACAAAGCACUUCUGGCCUAGAGACUCUGUAUAAGAGGACAUCGGCAGUGUUCAUCUCUCUGUGGAUCAUCACACUGAUCAUUCUCAUCGCUAGACUGAGUGUCCUGUUCCUACAAAAAUCAGCCCUGCAGAAUGAACUGGAUCUACAAUGGACAACCUCAAUCAAUAUCUCGGCCCAACAGAUAUCGAACCUGCAGAAUGAGGUGAAGGAGCUACUGAUCAUUGCUGAGGAUGGUUUUGCUAAAUGGACAAAUAAACAAGGAAUUGUCCGACAAGAAGUGUGGAAGUGGAUCCGUAAAGCAGCAGCUAAUGUCAUUCUGGACCCCAGAACAGCACAUCGUAAUCUUACUGUUUCUGAGGACGGCAAACAAGUGAGAUUCAGUGGUGGCCUCCUACCUGGCAGCCCAUUGAGGUUCAGUAAUUGGUACGGGAUCCAGGGAAAAGAGAGUUUCUCUUCAGGGAGACAUUACUAUGAGGUUCAGGUUGGGACAAGGGACUGCUUUUCAGUUGGAUUUGUGAAAGAGUCUGUUGAAAAGAUGAAGUAUACUGUAACUUCAGAGAGUGGCUUCCUGAUGUUCAUAAUCGAGAAGAAUGUGUGCAAUGUUUCUACAACCCCCCCCACCUCCCUCUCUCUGAACGAGCCCCCUAACAAUGUGGGGGUGUAUGUGGACUAUGACAAGGGGCAGGUUUCCUUUUACAAUGUGGGCACCAGGUCCCAUAUCUACUCUUUUACUGGUUACAGCUUCAGUGAGAAACUCUAUCCAGCUGUUAAUCCCUGUAACAGUAUGACAUCAGGUCCCCUGAUCAUUUCUCCUGUCAGUCACACAGACUGAUCUGAAACAGCAGUUUACACACAGACAAGGAUUAAUAACUGUCCAUUUGAUAUAAUAUUGCUCUUGUUUUUUUCUGUGAUAUUUGUUUUUCUAAAUGUUUUGCCAGUGCCAACAGCAUUAACUGAACUGGGAGAUUAUAAUGAUUGCAUACGGUACAUACUAUCUCUACUUGAAUCUACCAAAGAUCACCUGCCUGUUAAUAGUGAUCAGGUGAUUUUAGUGGAUACAGAUAUUUAAUUUUAAAUAUUUGAUUUUAAAUACAAUCACAGGUUGGUUGCAUAUUUAUUUCAAAUAUCUUUUUUUUGCAGUAAUUCUUUAUGUCUGCUCUUACAAAAUGAUUCCUUGGGUUUGUUAUGUCAUUCUAUAUUAAAUGUAAGAGUUUGUUGACUUAUUAAUUUUUAAGUUUAAUGAAGGUUAUUGAAGAGUACCAGCCUUUAUACAAAUGAUUAUUGGGGUACAAGGACCAAAGACUUGUGUUUUAGCAUCUAUCGCGAAGUGUGUCGUGGUUCAGUUUCACCACUUGAUGGCAGCAGAGAGAUACCACUCCAGCAGAACCUGUUAUCAGUGAGUAAUACCUGAUGCUUGUUUGCCAUAAUUAUGCUCCCUUUAAAUACAAGUUUAUCCAUCUGUGGUGUAUUGAGUCUUGCUGUGCUAAUUUCUACAUUUUGUAUAACUAUACUUCCCAGAUGUGAACUACAUAUGGUUUUGGGAUCACUCUGCCGGUCACAUUGUACAGGUGUAACAAUGCACCGUGGCAUGAAAUCAUUUAUUAAUGUCAAUGCAAAGAGGCGCAGCAGGAAUAAUUUCAGUUUUGCUUUGAGAUGUUGUUUUUUGCAUUUUGCGCUGGAGUCUGAAGACUAA